AUGGCCCUUUCUUCUCCCAUUCCUCUCUCCCCUCUUCACGAAAUGAUGGAAAAAGAAUCCACCACUAAAUUCAUUCCAGAUGUCGAAAAAGAGCUGGAGGAAAUCAAGGUCUUCCUAGUCGAAUCACUUAAAGAGGUUGAGGACUAUCUUAACAAGCUCACCGUUUCUCUUUAUAGAAGCACCACUUGUGAGUUACAGGUCUUGACAAAAGACCUCUUGGAUAUUGUGGAACGAUAUUACAACCGUACACUCCCAGAUCUUUGCAAAAUCGUUGAUCAGAUCCGAGCUUUGAUGACCCGGUACGAGCACGCUUUCGAAGUCUUCGUCGAUGAAGCCAAAGACACCAUUUCGUCCUUACAAGACCUGAUCAAUAUGGUCCCACCUUUACAGAGAGCCCACGAAGAAGCCGCGAACGGCUUUCAAAUCAUUUCUUUCAGGGCGCAAGAUCUGAUUGACAAAUACAACGAGGCCUCUCGCGGUCAUACUGAGACUCCACCCGACAUAAAAUUGUUUCAUUUGGGUUAG